CGGAGCCGAUGACAUCGACCGGCCUCGCUGCACAGCGGCCCACGACUUAUCUUCGUGUUCGCAACCACUUUUUUUUCUUCUAGCCAGAUCAGUGCCUCGUGAAACGCUAUUCGUACCUAUUAGCCCUUACUCCGCACACUUUAUUCCUCUUCACUAUCCCCUCAUUCUGUUCGCCAUUCUGCUCUUCGGUUGAUCCCCUCCCCAUCUAGCCCCUUCCCUCCCUUAUCUACUUGGACCCUUCUUUCCGCGCAUCUCGACACAACCACCACUCCCAACUACCGUUACAAUGAGUCUCUGUGGUCGCCAAAAGGUCGUUCGACGUAAGAUGGUGCUAUUAGGGGACGGCGCUUGCGGCAAGACCUCCGCUUUGAAUGUCUUCACCAGAGGAUACUUUCCUACGGUCUAUGAGCCUACUGUAUUCGAAAACUACGUGCAUGAUAUCUUCGUGGACAAUGUACACAUGGAAUUGUCGCUAUGGGAUACGGCCGGCCAGGAAGAAUUUGACCGACUGCGCGCGCUAUCAUACGAGGACACACACGUGAUUAUGCUUUGUUUCAGCGUUGACAGUCGCGAUUCGUUCGAGAACGUGGCGAGCAAAUGGAUUGAAGAGAUCUCGGAGAACUGCGCCGGCGUCAAAUUGGUGCUUACUGCCCUCAAGUGUGAUCUGAGAAAGGAUGAGUUCCUCAACGACAACCCGAACGCGAUCACCUACGAAGAAGGACUGGCAAAAGCCAAGGAAAUUGGUGCAGUGAAAUACCUGGAGUGCUCCGCCGUGCAAAAUCGUGGUAUCAUGGAAACAUUCUACGAAGCUGCAAAGGUCGCCCUGGAAGUCAGAACUCAGGGCUCUAACGGAUCCGGCGAACGGUGUGUCAUUCUCUAGACAUGCCGCUGGGCCAUCCUUCAUGACUUGUCGACUAUUGCAUUGCUCUGUUCUUAUACCCUUCUACCUGCUUGCUCUUCAGCCAUUAAGCUG